AUGGAUAUGACCCUCAAUAUUGCCAUGAAUGAAUGCCAGGUCUGUGGCAUGGCUAAAAAUAGAAUGGAGAGGCACCUUGUUGAUGUCCAUGGAUAUUCGCAAAGCCAAAUUUCGGAAUUCAAGGCACAAAAGAAGAGCCGGAGAAUUGCUGUAUCGGGGAAGCCUAUUUAUAACUGCGAAUUCUGUGAUGUGAGAUUCAACAGCGCGGGUGGGCUGAGCUGUCAUAGAGGAACAAAACAUGCCGACGAAUAUUCACCUCGAGUUAUCACGUGCCCCAUAUGCAGAGAAACGGUUAAAAAUCACCGUCAGCUCGCAGAGCAUGCUCAUCAGCAGCAUACCAACGACGCAGACGAUUUCGUGGUCGAGACCAUCAACUUCUAA